AUGAGCUCUACCCUUCUUCAGAGCCUCGUGGCGGUGCACUCGGUGGAGCCCGCGCCGCGCCGUCUCUCCUCCGAUACCACGGCGCUGCGCCAGACCCAGUCGGCUGCUCCGCACACGCCGGCCAAGGACACGGAGCUCCUCCGGCCGCUGCCCACCCGUCACACCGCCGAUGGUGCCAUGCCCUCGGCCGCCAUAGGUCGCCAUGACGAUUUGGAAAUGAGCUGCCCGGGCACGCCCGACACCCCGACAGACGCGGCCACCGUCGUGCCCACCGUCUGGGAGCCGUACAUGAACCGCUGGCGGCUGCUGCUGACGUGCACGACCGCUCUCGCCGAGGGCAUGAGCGACAGCGCCGCCGGUGCUCUCCUCCCCUACAUGGAAAAGUACUACAACAUUGGCUACGCCCAGGUGUCGCUCAUCUUCGUCGGGCAGGCGCUCGGCUUCGUCGUCGCCGCCUUUUUCCUCGACAGCCUGCGACAAGCCCUCGGGCACGCGCGCACGCUCGGCCUCGCGCAGACGCUCAUGACGCUCAGCUACGUGCCCAUGGUGGCCGGCGCGCCGUUCCCCGUCGUCGUGCUGGCCUUUUUCGUCGUCGGCUUCGGCAUCGCCGUCAACGUCGCCGUCGGCAACACCUUUUGCGGCGGCCUCGCCCGCGGCACCUUUGUGCUCGGCUGCAUGCACGGCUGCUACGGCCUCGGCGGCGUCGCCGGCCCGCUCGUCGCCACGUCCAUUGUCGCCGCCGCCGGCGCGCCCUGGACGCGCUACUACAUCCUCACGGCCGCCGUGUUUGCGCUCAGCAUCGGCGCCGCCGUGUGGGCGUUUGCCGGCUACGACGCCGAGCUGGUGCGGCGGCAGCAGCAGCAGCACAGCGGGAGCAGCAGCAGCAGCCGGCGGGACGCGCUCUGGAGCAUGGCCGAGGUGUCCAUCUCCGGCUGGGUUAUUUCGUUCCUGAUCGAGGCGCGCGACGGCACGCCGGCGUCGGUCGGCUACGUCAGCGCCGGCUUCUGGGGCGGCAUCACGCUCGGCCGCUUCCUGCUUGUCGCGCCGGCGCAGCGCAUCGGCGAGAAGCGCUUCGUUUACGGGCUCGUCGUCGGCGCCCUCGUCUUUGAGCUGCUCGUCUGGCUCGUGCCCAACGUCAUUGGCAAUGCCGUCGCCGUCGCCAUCGUCGGCGUGCUCCUCGGUCCCGUGUAUCCGUGCGCCAUGUCGGCCUUUUUGCACGGCAUGGCGCCCAAGGAGAUGCUCAGCGGCAUGGGCACCAUCAGCGCCUUUGGCAGCAUGGGCGGCGCCGUCUGGCCGUUUAUUGUCGGCCUGGUUGCGCAGGCCGUCGACACGUGGGUUCUGCAUCCGAUUGUCAUCUUUUUGUUUCUCGGCAUGCUGCUGUGCUGGUACGGUAUCCCGGAACCAAAGAGACGGAGCGAGUAA